AUGUCAACUAGUCCGAUUUUAAAUCGUAAACAACUACAUUCAUCAUCAACGACAGACAGAAUGGUGGAAGAUAAACAAGAAUUAAAAGAAUAUUUUGAUAAACUGGCAAAUCUUGUUCCUACUAUACCUAGCCACCAUGAAUCAUUAUCAGAAUUACAAUUUAUCCAAUAUGUGAUGGAAUACAUUUUAGAAUUACAACAAUUAUUAAAUAACGAUACGAAUACGUCAUCAUCUGUUUGGAGUAAAACAUUAAAUAAAUUAGCUGCAACAAUGAAAACAUCGUUUCCAAAUAUUUCGGCAUCAUCCACAUUCAAUACGUUCAUUUCUUCGUCUCCUACUUCAUCUACAAGCGAAUAUGAAAACAAUCGUUUACUUCUUCUUAAUCAAUUAUCAAAUGAAGACAUUAAUCGAAGUCCUCUAUCAUCGAUUAAUAUUGAAAAUUAUCAUAAUCAAUCGCCGAUAAAAUAUUUCGAAUUAUGGCCGAUUUUAUUGAGAAUGAUAUUAGUAGCAGUUAUUUUGGAACGAGUAACAUCAAGCGCUCUAUUACCAAGUUUACAACGGUUAAAACUUGAAGAUGAAAUGGCUAAAUUAUUGUUAAAAGAUGGACGAAUAAGCGAUGAAAAGAAGCCGACAAAUGUUGAUGUCGCACAAGCUUUGGAUCUAACGAAACGUUCGCAAUACGAAGAAGCAGUUAUAUCUUGGAAACAAAAAAUGUUUAGUCGUUAUGAAUUUGAAUAUUAUGGUAGGGAAAGAACAGAUCGAAGCGCGUUGGAAACAAAAUAUUUUGAAGAUAUACAAAAAAUGAAAGCCAACAGAAAAAUGCCACAACGUAUAUUUACUUAUAUAGAAAGUGAUCCAUUGUGUAAUGCAAAAGAUCUUGACUACUAUAUGACAGACUCCUUGAAUGAAGAGCCAAGCCAUGUGGCAUUAGGAAUAAAUACAGUUCGUAAACGACGUGUUCUACAAUCACGAUUUAAAAUCACCGAUCAAGACUAUUUACCAAAAACGAACUUAGUUAAUUAUAAACCAAAUCCUGAUGAGUUACGUAGUAAUCAUUAUGCAACACUACCUCAUGAAACAAUGUAUAUCAUGGCUGAUUUAAGCGAUAAUUCGGAUGUACCUCAAUUGACGAAUCAAUAUGUAUUGUGUACAGUUGAAUAUUAUCCCAAUGGUACAGUUGUUCUGAAACCCGAUUUUAAUAUUGGAAAAGUUCCCUAUAUGAUUGAAACGGGUACCGUUGGUAAUGAAGUUUAUCAAUAUUAUUUGGAACAUUCAUCGACGAAAAUAAAUAUGGAUGAUUUAAUUAAAGAAACACGAUUAUUAAAUGAAGUAUCUUUGAGACAUCAGACAUAUUUAAUGCAAAUGGUUGGCAAUGAAUUUGAUAUGCCUCCUCCCAGUAUAUUAAAAUUACACAUAUUUGGAGAAAUUGUCAGUGCAAAAAAUUUUGAAUAUGAUGAUUUAUAUGUUUAUUAUUGUCUUGAUUUACCCAAUAACUGGUAUGCUAAUCCAUCUAUGGUAUUUGCCGGUUAUACCAAUACGUGUACUACUACAACAGUUGACAAGGAUGAUGUGGCCUAUUAUUCACAUCCGUUUGAAUUUGAAGUAUGGUACAAACCCAGUCCAGGUUCAGCUGAUCACGAACUUCCACGUAUGCCAAAAAUUUAUUUUCAAGUGGCAUCUCAAGACUCAUGGGGAAGACAUCGUACCGAAGGAUAUACCUAUUUGGAUAUACAAAAUACUCCAGGUUCGUAUAAUGAAACGUUAUUAUGUUGGAGACCGCGUGGGGAACACAUUUUCAAUGAACUUCGACGUUUUUUCAUUGGUGGUUCACACGAGUUAGAAGACAUUAGUUAUGUUGCAAUACCAAGACAGUUCCAAGGUGAAAAAGACAACAAACCUUUGAGUCGUUUUGGAUUUCGUACAAUUUCAACUGGAUCAUUAUAUGUUCGUUAUUACGUUGUUUAUCAGUCACAAACAUUUGCAAUGGAAAGAGCAAAAAGUAGUGGUGCUCAUGUUAUGAAUCGUUAUGGCUUCGAUUCAUUUCUAGCAAAUAUUAAUACUGUUAUUGCUGCAUUUCACCAAGCAAAAAAACGUGCAGUGGAAAAAUUUUCAAUCGCAAUGUUUAACGGACGUUUAAGAACUUUAAUAUCAUGUAACACAUUUGUAAAAUCUAUUCGUAUUUUACAGUAUCCAAAUUCAUAUUCAUCGGGCAUUUCUGUUUUGAAUAGAUCGGAUUUGACUUAUUUACCAAGAACGUUCAAUAAAAAUUUUGUUAGACAACAAUUUGAUCGAUAUGUAUCUACCGCUCAACAACCAAAUAUUGAAACAAACAAAGAUAAGGAACAAUAUGAAUUUCAAGCUGAAACACGGCAAUUACUUCACAUUGUCGCCAAAUCAUUGUACAGUGAUAAAGAGAUAUUUAUUCGUGAAUUAAUUUCGAAUGCAAACGAUGCUCUUGAGAAACUUCGAUACAUUCAGCUAGCUGAUAGUGAAGUGCUAAAAUCACAGGAUGAUAAAAUGGAAAUUCAUAUUGGGGUUGAUGAUAUUAAUCGAACAAUAACUAUCAAAGAUACCGGCAUUGGAAUGACAAAAGAAGAAUUGAUUCAAAAUUUAGGAACAAUUGCACGAUCUGGCUCUAAAGUGUUUCUUGACGAGUUGAAAAAUGAAAAAGGCGGUUUAGACGAAGGCAAAAUUAUCGGACAGUUUGGAGUUGGAUUCUAUUCAAUUUUUAUGGUAUCACAAGCUGUAGAAGUCGUAUCUCGUUCGUACAAACCAAACGAAAAAGCGUAUCGAUGGACGUCAGAUGGAUUUGGAACGUAUCAGAUUGAACAAAUUGAUGAUGACAUAGGACGUGGAACAACCAUUCGAUGCCUUUUGAAAGAUGAUUGUGCAGAAUUUAGUAAAGAUGACACUGUCAAACAGAUUAUUAAGAAAUACAGUAAUUUUGUGUCGGCACCAAUUUACUUGAACGAUGUUCGUAUCAAUGUUAUGAAAGCACUUUGGCUUGAAGAUGCAAAAGCAAUUAAAGAAGAUGAACAUACGGAAUUUUAUCGAUUUAUAAGUGGUCUUCAUGAUAAGCCACGUUAUACGUUACAAUAUAAAAUUGAUGUUCCAAUCAAUGUUAGAGCACUUUUGUACAUUCCACAAUAUAAACCUAAUAUAUUUGAUGUAACACAAGAUGCCGACAUUGGUAUUUCAUUAUAUUCACGAAAAGUGAUGAUUCAACCAAAAGCAAAUCAAUUAUUACCACGAUGGUUGCGUUUUGUCAAAGGAGUUGUAGAUAGUGAGGAUAUUCCAUUGAACCUUUCUCGAGAACUUUUACAAGAUAGCAAUUUAAUUAGGAAAAUUCGUAUGUUGUUAACACAACGUAUUGUGCGAUUUUUGCAAACAGAAUCAACCAAAGAUAAAACAAAAUAUAAUGAAUUUUACGAAGAUUAUAAACUAUUCUUCAAAGAAGGAAUUGUUCGUACUGCUGAUCAAGGCGAAAAAGAAGAUAUUGCAACAUUAUUGCGAUUUGAAUCGUCGAGAGAAGAAGAAGGCUUAUUAAUUAGUUUGGACGAUUAUAUUAAACGUAUGCAAACCGAUCAAAAACAUAUUUAUUAUUUAGCAGCACCAAGUCGUGAUUUAGCAGAAAAUUCGCCAUAUUAUGAAGCAAUACGUCAACGGGGAUACGAAGUACUUUAUGUUUACGAAUCGCAUGAUGAAGUGUUGUUGAUGCAAUUAGGCGAAUUUGAUAAGAAAAAAUUAAAAAGUGUUGAAUCUGAAUUAGAAACAGAAACAAAAAAAGAUGAUACAAUUAUAGUUGGAGAUAGUAGAAGUUUGACACAAGAAGAAGCCGCUAAACUUAAAGAAUGGCUAUUAAAAACAUUUUCUAGCAAAAUUAAAAAUGUUAAAAUCAAUACGAAACUAGAUCAACAUCCGUGCAUUAUUACCACAACCGAAAUGGGAGCUGUUCGACAUUUUCUAAAGUCAAAUUUACUCCAGCGUGGUAAACAAGCGGAUAUGUUGAUUGAUAACGCAAUGGUAACUGCUGGUUUAGUUGAAGAUCCAAGAUUAGUAUUGACUAAUUUGAAUAAAUUAUUAGAAAAAGCUUUGGAAAAAUAUUAA